AAGAGCAUGCGCAAGAUCGUUUCCGGUGUUUAAUUUUGACUUCCGGUUUGAAAGUCAAACAUUUCAACAGAAAGUUUUAUAAAAACUGUGUGCAUUUAAGCAAAAAAACGAGACAAAUUAAAGAAAAAAAUGGCUGCUUUAUUUGCCUGUACCAAAUGUCACAGCAGGCACCCAUUUGAACAACUAUCCAAAUCAGAGCAGCUUUGUAAAGGUUGUCGCAACUAUCAGCCAGUAGUGAAGUGCUCGGCAUGCAGGGCAGAAUACACACCAGGAGAGAAAGGCUCCACAAAUCAUAACUGUAAACAUUGCACUUACAAUAUCAAACUUCAUGGAGAGCCAACUGUAUGCAGGUUUUGUAACCUAACAGCUGCAUUUGUAGACAACAAAUGUCAACGAUGUACAGCAUAUGAGAAGAAAUUCGGCUCACCAUUGCCAUGUGAACAAUGUAAAAUGAAAUGUGCAUUUGAUAAGUCUGAGAGGACAAGAUCCAAGAUGGACGGCAAAACUCUAUGUUGGCUAUGUGCUUUAGCAUAUAAGCGUGUUUUAGAAAAGGCGAAACAGCGACAGGAACAAAAACGACAGGGAUUAAGGUCUAAUCCUAGUAGCUAUGAUAAACUUGACAAGCUAGAUAAAGCAGAAAAUAAACUUGAAAAAAAUGAGAAUACAAGUUCAGGUAGUAAUAGCCGAGAUAAAAUCUCACCAUUUGAUAAUGCAAGUAAUUCCCAGCCUGCUAAAACUCCUCAGAAAGAUUCAAAAUCUCUCUUAAAUUUGUCUGUUGGGGAAAAGUCAACACCACCCUCAUUUGCAUCUUCAUUUGAUUUUCUUCGUGAACACAAAGAUGAAAAAAGCAAUGACUCAAGUGAUGUAGUAACAAAAGUGAAGGAAGAAGGAAGUAAAGAAGGGCCUCAUAAACAUCGUCAUCAUCAUCACCACCAUCAUCACAAGUCAAAGCAUCAUCAUCAUCACAAAAGAUCUCAUAGCCCCCGUUCUCCUAGCAAACGGCCUCGUCUAGAAAACAGUGACUCUAAUGGAAUGACUGGUACUCUUACACCAACUAAAACAUCAGUGUUGGCAACAGAGAAAUCUCCUGUAGACCCAAACAGUUCUGAGCAUAUUAUAGCAAUCAACAGACUACAGGAGCAACUAGAUAACCUCAAAAAACAACUUAGUCUCAAGGAUCAGCAACUCUUAGAAAAAGAGAAAAAGAUGACAGAAGUGAAAGCUGCUCAAUAUGAGAGUGAGAAAACCUUUAGAUCUAAACUGAGUGACAUGACCAAGACAAAUGGAAAAGCUGUAGAGACUCUACAGGAAAAGAAUCGUGAGUUAGAAAAAAAGAAUCGUGAGCUAAGUAAACAAGUGAUUGUAUUGUCAAAGAGCAAGAAAUCAAGUAGUGUGUUGAGUAACAGCCAGAGUAAUAGUCAGAACAACAGUCCAAGUCUAAGUUCAUAAUAAACUAGCUAUUGAAUCUACUUGUUAUUUCCCUCAUACAUGUAAUGUUAUAUAGGGUCUUCUGUUUAAGAUGAUUAUAUCAU